AUGCGCGUCGGGUUAAGAGAGGGCUCAUUGCAGUAUUGCCGCUUACGCAAUAGUGCUGUGACGUAUGCGCCACGUCAAAAGUGGGAAAAAAAAGAAAAAACAAAGUCCAGGGACCGCUGGAGUUAUGUGUGGCUGACGUCAUGCGCUACCGCAAUAGGUAAUUCUUCCACCCCGGGCGAAGGCGGGGGGAGGAGGGGGCGGGAAGAGGGUUUCUUUUUGGGGUUUCCCUUGUCUCCCAUUUCUCCCUUGUCUCCCAUUUCUCCCAUUUCUCCCAUUUCUCCCAUUUCUCCCAUUUCUCUGUUUUAUUUUCUCCGUUUUUCCUGUUUUUUGGGUUGUGUAGAGGAUCCAGCACGGACCAUCGGAAGAAAAUCCUCGGACUAUUACCAGCGUCUGGUUCCCUCCUCUAUCUUCUCCUUCUCAUUCCCCCCUCGACUACCGGGAUUUGUACCCCAGGUUGCCCACGUCUCAUGUCACGUUUUCCCGUACUAUCCAAGGGAAUCUCCGUCUUCUCCGCACUCUUGUCCAUUUGCUAUGUUGUUGUGGGGGAAUCGUCCUGCAUGGCUUUCUCCGGGACUGGACUAG